UAUAUUUUUACAUGUCAAAUUCGUUAACGUAAAAGCGAAAAAAUGCUUCGUUUUUAUUAUUCAAACGUCGUGUGAAAUUACUAUUUAAUGGUAUAACUUCCGUAAUCUAACCAGUUAUUGACGAGUGACAAUAGUUUAAUCGACAAUGGACGUGGACACGGGCGGCCGCAGCUCGCGCUCCCGCAGCAAGUCCGUGGAGUCCGCGUCGAAGUCCCGCUCGCGCUCGCGCUCCGCAUCAACAUCCUCUAGCCGCAGCGGCUCCGCCGCGAGCCGCAAAUCCAAGUCCCGAAGUCGCAGCGGCUCUGCUGCCAGCCGGAAAUCCAAGUCCCGAAGCCGUAGCGGAUCUGCUGCGGACCGCAAGUCCAAGUCUCGUAGUCGCAGCGGGUCCGCCGCUAGCCGCAAAUCCAAGUCUCGUAGCCGUAGUGGGUCCGCUGCUAGCCGCAAAUCUAAAUCCCGAAGCCGUAGCGGGUCCGCUACUAGCCGCAAAUCCAAGUCCCGAAGCCGUAGCGGGUCCGCUGCUAGCCGCAAAUCCAAGUCCCGAAGCCGUAGCGGGUCCGCUGCUAGCCGCAAAUCCAAGUCCCGAAGCCGUAGCGGGUCCGCUGCUAGCCGCAAGUCGAAGUCCAGGAGCCGUUCACGUUCCUCGCGCUCGUCGCGUUCCCGCAGUGGUUCAGUAGUGCGUUCUGAUGCCGGAGAUCGCAAGUCCCGCUCAAAGAGCGGGUCGCCAGAUAAAUCUAGGUCUAGAAGUGGUUCCCCGAUGGAUCAGAGUGGCUCGCCGCGUAAAUCGCGCUCCAGAAGUGGUUCACCUGCCAAGUUGCGUUCGAGAAGCGGAUCUCCAGCUAAGAGUCGUUCGCGCAGUGGUUCGCCAAUGGAUAAAUCUCGCUCUCGCAGCGGCUCUAAAGCUAAAUCCCGUUCUAGAAGCGGAUCUCGGGCAAAAUCUAGAAGCGCUUCGUCGGGUAAAUCUCGCUCUCGUAGUGGUUCCCGGAAGUCACGGUCGCGAAGUGGGUCCAGGGCGAAGUCUGGUAGCGGUUCGCCAAAGAAGUCCCGGUCCCGUAGCGGUUCGCCGCGGAAGUCGCGAUCUCGCAGUGGAUCGAGGCCUAAGUCCGGGUCGAGAAGUCGCUCUGGGUCGCCAGAGCGCAUGGAGAUUGAUGAGGCCGGCGACAGGCCGGAGUCGCCUACCUUUACACAGGUCGAAAGAAAAAGCCGAUCACGAUCCAAAUCAGCGGGCCGCAAGUCAGCAUCCCGCUCUAAGUCCCGUUCCAAAUCUCGAUCUAAAUCCCGAUCCAAAUCCCGUUCCAAAUCUCAAUCCAAACCCCGUUCUAAAUCUCGUUCCCGCUCUAAGUCCGGUUCGCGCUCGAAGUCCCGAUCCCGUUCCAAGACCCGGUCUCGUUCCCGCUCACGAUCUGGCAGCCGCUCACGCUCCCGCUCUGGAUCGAGAUCCAAGUCGAGGUCGAGGUCCAAGUCCAGGUCGAGAUCUAAGUCGAGAUCGAGGUCGAAGUCGGGAUCUCGCUCGGGCUCUGCCAAAUCCAAAUCUAGGUCCCGCUCGCGCUCGCGCUCGCGCUCGCGCUCGCGCUCUGGCUCCGGGUCCCCGCGCGCAGACGCCAAGAAACGUCGCAUAGUCCGGCUGGCGAGCGACGAUGAGGGUGACGACGAUGGACCACGACCCGAGGGGGAAGGUGAAAAAGGACAGAUGCCGCCGCCCGCGCAGGACGACUCCUCCGAUGACGAGAUCGCACCCGACUCCAAGACGGAGGAGAUGACGGGCGGCAUGUCGGACUUCGAGAUAAUGUUGGCGCGCAAGCGCGACGAGCGCAAGGGGCGGCGCCGGCGCAGGGACAUCGACAUCAUCAACGACAACGACGACCUCAUCGCGGCGCUACUGCAGCAGAUGAGGCAGGCCGCCGAGCAGGACAGAGAGCUCAAUAGGAAAAACCAACCAGCGGUCAGGAAGGUGUCGAUGCUAAAAGCGGCUAUGUCCCAGCUGAUCAAGAAGGACCUGCAAUUGGCCUUCCUAGAGCACAACGCGCUUAACGUGCUCUGCGAUUGGCUGGCCCCCAUGCCCAAUAGGGCUUUACCUUGUCUGCUGAUAAGAGAUUCUAUACUAAAACUGCUACAGGACUUCCCGUCGAUAGACAAAUCCCUUCUAAAGCAGUCGGGCAUCGGCAAAGCGGUGAUGUACCUCUACAAGCACCCGAAGGAGACCAAGGCGAACAGAGAACGCGCCGGGAGACUCAUAUCCGAGUGGGCGAGACCUAUCUUCAACCUGUCGACAGACUUUAAAGCGAUGACGCGCGAGGAGCGGCAAGCGCGCGACGAGGCCAUGGCGGGCGCGCGCGGGGCCGGGGGCCGCCGCGAGGCCGAGCCCGGCCCCUCCGCCAAGAGGCCCCGCCACGACGAGAGACCCGACAAGCCGCUGCGGCCCGGCGACCCGGGCUGGGUAGCGCGAGCACGAGUCCCGACGCCGUCCAGCAAGGACUACGUGGUGCGGCCCAAGUCCACCAGCGAGGUCGACAUGUCCACCGUAGCAAAGAAGAAGAUGACGCGAUACGAGAAGCAGAUGAAGCGGUUCAUCGACCAGAAGCGCCUGCGUAGCGGGGCGCGUCGCGCCGUCGAGAUCUCCAUCGAGGGCCGCAAGAUGGCGCUGUGAGUGUCCACGCGCUG